AUGACUUCUUCUUCUCCUGUUCAAGCUUCUCCUAAACUCUCGAUAAUAGAAAGCCUAUUCCAGUCAUUGUCCCUGCAAAACAACCGCCCUCUCCCUUCUUCCACUUCAUCCACUUCUCAAGAUAUGAACUCGCACCAGCCCCAGCUAAAAGAGAUUACACCCUUGGAUCUGAGAACUAUAGAAGCGUUUACAGGGCCCCUAGGAAGGCGAAACCACGCUGCGCAAUCAGCCGGGGACUGGAGUGUGCAAGAUCAAACUCAAAUACGUCCAGCGACUACUAGAGUUCCUAUUCAGAAUUCCUCACAAUCUCCAAGCACUCUUACAGAAGAUCUCGAAGCCCAAGUCCCUUCUGAUCAGAAUGAACGUCCUUCAAUACGUGAAGUUACCCAAAAGAAUCCGAAGGAUAUAUCAUUCACCUCAAUCCUUUUAGCUGUCUUAUGCGGGAUCAUAAUAGGUUGGAUAGUAUUCUUAAAUCGAAUGAACAGGAGGGAUGAAACUCUGAUAAUGGUUGGAAAUGCUUGUUUUAUCGUUCUGCUCCUUAUUGACCUGGCCUUGUUGAUUCGACAAACAUUGAAGAUCAUUUCAAUUUUCUACCCUCCAUCGACAAGUGAGAAUUUAGGCUUGGCUGAAAGCGGCAUGACAUGUUGUAAUGGGACGUGUCUACCUUCCUACGUCGCCUCGGUGGGAAGACGACACAUCACAGAUGACGUGGGCGGGGGCGAAUCUCAGUCGAUCGUGGGUGAUUCGCCACCAAAAUACGGGGAUCAAAUGGGUCAUGAAUUACUGUUAACCAGUAGGAGUAGAGAGAUACGUGGUCCUGAAGAGAGACAUGAAGGUUGGAUUGAAGUUUUUUAUCAAUCUCAUUCACGUGAACAAGAUAUUACAAAUAGCCAAAGGCAAUUUGAAGUGGGAUGUGAAAGAAGGGGAAGAGCGACAAGACAGGGAAUAAGACAAGAUGCGGUUGAGGGUCAGAGUCAAGCUUUACAAGUUCAAAUUGAAGAUUCCGUUGAUGAACAAAGUGUUGAUCAUGGCGAGGUCGUAAAUCAAAGUCGGGGCGAAGAUCCAGGAGAGGUUUUGGAUGGUGUUCUUGAUACAAGAGAUAAGUGA